CGCGUGAGCUGAAGCGCACAAAGGUAUGUGAAUUAUCUAUCUGUGGGCGGGGGUGUAAUCUCCUUCCGUCCAGACGAGUGUGAAGAACGCGCUCGACCACGCAACUUUAUUGAGCGGUGUACGCAACGAUAUCGAUGCAUACAAGUCAUCAGCAGCUGAUUCGCUAUUAGCGGAGCGGGGUCGCAUUGAUAGCUCGCAUGCGAUGACGGAUGCCAUGCUAGAGUGCGUUGCCACCAGCCAGACGUUGAUUUCGGUGUUCUCAUUGUGCUAUCUAGUCAAGCGUAUGAGACGCGGGCGGAGUUUGGUCGGCAACGAGCAUCUUUGUCCGGAAUCGGAGCGCGGAUGCAGGGUGUACUGAGUACGUUCCUUUCGGCUUUAGCGUGCCUGUCUGAUCUUCGUUCGUGUACCAGACACUAUGCCCGGUAUCAACAAUCUCGUUGGGAUGAUAAAGUCAAGGCGUCGAAGGGACUCUAUCAUCAUGGGAGUUGUUAUUGCAGUGUGCAUCAUUAUCAUUAUAUCCUAUCUCUGGAACUAGUUAAUCUACAUACCCCGUUCGCCUUUGAAAACGUUCCAAUUAGCCUCCAGUCGGCGCACGACACCCCAGUGUGACUCCUCAACUUCAUCCAACCACUCUGUCUCCUUGGUCCACCCUUUGGUCUCCGCGACCAAGUCAAGUAUCUCGACGCAGCGCGCCAAGUUUCCAUCGAUCACGGGAUAGUCGGACUCGAUUAGAAGUCGGCGGGGAUCGCAGGCGGCGAUGAGAGCUUUCAAGUUCUUAGAGCGGCCAUUGAUGGUCGUGGAGACAGACAUGAAGACGUUCGGGUGCUUUUU